AUGGGUGGAGUGGCAUGGACAGAAGAGGAAGAUCAGUUGCUCAAGAAAUGCAUACAACAAUAUGGAGAAGGCAAAUGGCACAAAAUUCCUCUUUUAUCCGGUCUUAACCGGUGUCGUAAGAGCUGUAGACUGAGAUGGUUAAACUACCUCCGGCCAGAUAUCAAGAGAGGAAGUUUCACAGAAGAGGAAGUGGAUCUCAUUAUCAAGCUCCGCAAUCUGCUUGGGAACAGGUGGUCACUGAUAGCUGGUAGACUCCCAGGAAGAACAGCCAAUGAUGUGAAGAAUUACUGGAAUUGCCAUCUGAGCAAAAGACUGAUGGCUGCAGAGAAGGAGAUCUGCAUGAAUGAAGAGCACAAUUUCAAUCUAAGCAUGACAAGCUCAAGUUGUGAAGUGCAGCCACAGUUGGGAGAUGGGGUUCAUCAUGUUCAAUUAGUGCAGCAGGAGAUGGACAGCAAAAAUCAAUGCAUUGGAGAAGGAAAGCAACAUGGGUCUGUGGAUGAAUUGGUAAUGAAGGGUUUUGAAUAUUUUGAAGACAGUAAGAGCAUGAUAAUGGAGAAUGAGAGCAGCAGCAGCAGCUGCAACAAAUGGGACUGGAAUGACUUUAUCAUGGAAAUGAACCUUUGAAGUGUUGAUUCUAUGUAGUAAAAUAAGUAAUCAAUAAUGUUGGUCAAGAGGAUGAGCUAUGCUCUAUUGUAAUCAGUAUUUUGACUGUAUCUCCAUUAGA